GAACAUUCUGGGAGACCGACGACGACGGUAAGAUCAGUGUCUCUACGCCUUGGGAUCUCAAAUGGCAUCGAUAUCAAAUUAGACGCCGUCAGCUACCAAGGUUGGAUGCUCUUCAUUGAUGAAAAGCUCGGGGUCCAUACAUUCGAACCACAAUGGCCGCAUCUCCAGCUCUCCCAUUUCGCAUUUUCAGGCGUUCGCUCCUCGACACAAGAUGGGCAACGAGAUCAUCGCUAAGAAGAAUCACCACUGUCCAGCAUGCCGCUACUUCAGAGUCAGUGCCAGAAUCUCUCCUUCGUCUGCGUGCCCAUCCGAUUCCCACGCGUGAGCUUCCUACGACUGCAAAGCCAACAUCCACACCGUCGAUACCGAAGAGAAAAAGAAGAGACCGGCCGCAAGCGCCUCUCCCAGCAUCUAACGCGCCACGCGCAGCGCCUCCACAGCCAGAGAGCCUUCUUCAAGAUGAUCAAAUCGACCCGUCGAUAUACAAGCUUUUACCUUUGCUGAAGUCACAGCCACCGUAUUACCUGCGAACCCAUAUCCACGGCAAACCCUACCUCGUCACUCAGGGCGACACGGUCCGUCUGCCUUUUCUAAUGCACGGCGUUUCGCAAGGCGAUAUCUUGCGACUAAACCGCGCCAGCCUGCUUGGGUCAAGGGACUACACUUUGAAAGCCGGCGCUCCUCGGGAAGCGGGUAAGAUGGCAUACAUCGAUGAACGGCUCUUCACCUGCAGAGCCAGAGUUAUGGGCGUGGAAAUGGAACCACUGCGAGUGAAGGAGAAGACAAAGAGGAGACAGCGGCAUGUGAAACACGUCAAAAGCAAGCAUCGGUACACAGUUCUGAGGAUCAUGGAGAUUACCGUGAACGAGCCGCCCGUUGAAGGGGAUGCAGAGAAGCUGGCGAAGGAUUCUGCCUAAUUUGCUGUCUGAGUACUGUGUUGUGACGUUCUGCGUUGUAUAUGCAAGCGACAAAUUAAGCCAGGAGACUCGUAUGAGGACAACAUAUGUAGUAUACUAGACUCAUGCCACUUUAGGCAUUCAAUUGUAACAUGUACUUGUCCAGCCCUUAGCGCAUCCG